UUUUCUUUCUCAGCUUCUAGUUACUAUGGCCGGUAUCAAUACUACUUAAAAGACUCAAAAGCGUUUCUGUUUUCACUGGUGAACAAGCCAGGAUGGGCACCUGUCAAACUGCCCCUGAAUGGGAGAGAUUCAUAUAGCUACUCCAUAUACUUUUACUCAUACAGUGGGCCUACAUUCGGACGUGGACGUGACAUUUACAUUUCCAACUACGCGUCGUCCAAUAGCUAUUCUUACAGCAACCUUGGCUAUACUUACAGCCAAUACCUAAGGUACAGAUACGGCUACAGCUUCGCCCAAACAUUCCUGGCAGGAACAUUCAAGUUCACACCAGACGAAGUAGAAACUUUUUACGAAACAACCAAAAUGCAGUGA